CUUUUAUCAUUGCUUUUCCACUUCUUGGUUUUCUAUUUCAUGCCCGUUUUUUAAAUUCAAAUUUGCGAAUGAAAUUGUUGAUUUAUUGUAACGGACAGACAGUAUAAUUAGCUUGAAAUGCAGAAUAAUAGAGCUUUCCCAUCUCGGAAUUGUAAAAGCGAUCGUCGUUCCAUCGUAUACACAAAAGACAAUGUACCAGUUUAUAAAUUAACAAUAUCGAAACUGCCUAGAAAUCUGAAAUCGGUAAGAAUAAAGCAACAUUUCGCUAAAUUUGGCGAAAUUAUAAAUGUGGAGAUAUUGUAUGGAAAAACACGAUCCAUAUCAACGCAAUGCAUUAUACAUUAUCAGAAAGCGGCAGACGCAGGAGCUGCUUUAAAGCAGAAAUAUCACACAAUCAACAGGCAACGUCUUUCAGUAAAGGCAUGUCCCAGUUGGGAGCAGCCUUAUCUAAUGGAAGAUUUAUAUACAAAUUACAAUGUAAAUUUUCUUACAUUGAACGAUUACUGUUUAGAAAUGAUUUUCCAACAACUUGACUUGCGCCAGAAGUUGCGCCUAUCGCUAUGUCAUCCACGUUUAGAAAAAAUCUUCACAGAUAUGAUCUGCCCUCGGUUACCCCGAAAUUUAUAUCUGGAAGAACUUCUACAAUAUUCCACAUGGGAGUUGCGUCAAUUUUUUAUUAACGCGGCUAUAUAUAUGGAACGAUUAGUGAUUGCGAAACAAUUCCCUAGCUUUAGUUCUAGGAUGAUUAUAUGUUCUUUGAUGCAAGAAUGCGAUUUACGCAUAAAAAGCGUUCAUAUUAUAGAAUGGCUGCCUUGGAAAUAUACUAUUUUCCUUGUAUCAUUACAACUAACUUAUAUAAGUGAACUAGAAUUGUACAAGUGUAAUAUAACAGAUAAUGAUUUGCAAUUAUUGCUUAAAUUACGCAAUCUUAAAACACUGGGUUUAGCAGGGAAUUAUCGCAUACAAGGAAUACAUUUAAAGUACUUUCGCAAGUUACAACGAUUGAGUUUAUGCGGUUGUGAAAGCAUAACCAACGACACGCUUUCUGAGUGCUGUCGGUAUUUACAGCUAAGCUACUUAGAUAUACGCUUUACGGACAGCAUUAGGAUUACGGAAAGAGCAGUAGAACUGUGUAAUACUUUGGAUACAUUAAAACUAUCGUGCUUCGUUGAAACUGUAGCUAAGCUACCAACACUAAGGUCAUUGGAAGUGCAUCACUCUAAUUCGCCGAUUACAACUAGUUUUUAUAACGCUCUAGUCGAACAUCAUGCCGAUAAUUUGCUUGAGUUGAAAUUAACUGGCCAAACAUACCUAAUGCUUCCAACAGUGGCUAGGAUUGUACGGUUGCGCAAAUUACGCACGCUAUGGUUGGGAGACCACAUAUACAACGGUUCGAAACAACUUAUAAAACUUAUCACGAGUCUGAGUGAUUUGGAAGAGAUCAGCUUACAUUACUCCAUACGAAUUAGAGAUAAACAUUUAAUACCACUCAUAACCAAGUGCACCAAAUUGAAACGUAUCAAUUUACGCAUGUGUCAAUAUAUAACAAAUAAUUUUAUUUGGAGCACAUUGGAAAUACUAACAAAGCGCGCGACUGCGACAACCGUGCCAGGGGCUAGUCAAAAUUCAAAGAGAACUACAACGACUGAACCGCUUAUUAUUUUAGUUUAUGGUACGCGCAUUAAAACUGAUAUUUUAGAGUCUUCGGUUUACAGAAAAAACUGCCACUUAUUGAAACUAUUGUUUCAUGCCGAUGAUGCCCCAACGGGUCUUGCCAAUGAAGGUAGUCCAUUUGACUUCAACGAUUCUGAGUAUCGUUUUAGCUUUGAAGCAAUCGAUGUUAAUUUCAUGAAUUAUUGGUAUGGUGAACCCGAAAGUGAAGGUGAAGAGAGCAGCGACUCUGAAAAUGAAAUUUUAUACUAAUAGUAUUUAGCAUGAAAAAACAACAACUUGCACGAAAUUUUAAUAUUGAUAUUAAUAUUAUUUUUUUAUUUAGUUUUUGUAUCGGAAAUAUAAAUAUAUAUUAAUUUGCUUGUAUUAAAAUAUUUUUUAUAGAAAUACAUAUGACGUGCAUAUAAUUAUACUGAUGUAAAUUAUAUGUAUCGAUUUCCUACAGGGUUGGCUGUAAAAAUGAACACUUGUGUUUGAAUUGUAUCCAAGUUUAUUGACUCAACACCGUUUUCUAAAACGCUACUUACUACUGAGGGCUACUUUCAGAUUAUUCACAACCUUUUAGCUAACCACGUGUGCAUCAAACAUCGUUAAAGGGCUUUCAAGGGAUGAUGAAGAACUUGGUUUUAUGAAUUGGGCAAAUACAUAAUGUAUGUAUAUGGUUUUGUUAAACAGUUUGUUGUGCUCCACAAAGCUGUUGACCGUCUCGAAAUUCUAGUUAUGUUA